AUGCACCGGAAUCUGCGGGUUGCGGGCCAGAUUGGCACUUUGGGUUGGAAGAGGCUUGCAGCUCAAGAUGGCUGGUGUUUGGUGUGUUUUGUGUUUGACCAUCUCAAGAAUACAGCAUUUGGGGUUUGUUCUUGCACUUUGCUUUUUUGGUUCUGCUUUUGGGAGUAUGAACACGUGGUACGCCCAUCACUCAACUCACCCAAUUUGCUGAAGCUAAUAGCGCUGGCCUCCAACCCAGUAGCAAGCAACCCAUACCCAUACAAAUUGGUUCUAUUUGACUUGCCUACAGGUGCCUGGGCCUAA